AUGCAUGUGCGUGUCAACGGUGGUCACUACUGCACCACAACAGGGAUGCUAGAAGUCAAGCGCCGCUUUGGUUCCGGUUCCGUUCUUGUCAAUUACGACAAGGAAAGGCCGUGCAUCGCUCCUGUCGAUGCGUCAGGACGGUUUUUGGUACGCGAUGGUUGCUCCUACGACGUCUACUCACUGCAAAUGGGUGACGCCCGUCGUAUGGCUGCAUUUGCCUCCGAUCGCGAGACAAGACUCUCCCAGCGCGACACACUCGCGUCACAAGAGGCAUUGCAGCAGCAGAAGCGCAAGCGAAGUUAUGGCAGCUCCCCAAAGAAGACGCGGCGCAAGGGAAAUUAUGUGUGCUUUGUGCAAAGUUUUUUGAGAGGUUUCCUCAGCGUUUCGUUUGCGGAUGCGGCGAAGGAAUGGCGCCUAUUCCCUGAGGAGUUGAAGCGGACGGCACACGUUGACGUCCUCUUGGAGCGCGUGCGGGCGAAGGGGGUUUACGAGCCGUCUGUUUCCUGA